GGCAUUCAGUUACCGAUUUAAGUUUAACGAGUUAGGAAGCAAUUGGCGAAAUACGAUUUCGAAUUAUUAUAAAAAUUAAUCUAAGUUCAAAGAUAGUUAUAAAAGUAUGAAGUACUACGUGUUGGUGAUUGCAGCUGUGGCCUAUUUGGCAUAUGUGCAUGGGGAUGCCUGCGUGCAGUGUAACUCUGCUACUGAUCCUAAAUGUGCAACAGAUCCCGAAAAUUAUCUAGCCAAAAGCUGCAGUGUGAAUACAUCCGUUUGCUAUACAAGAGUAUACAAUGGCAAUACGAUACGUGGCUGCGCUUCUGAGUUGGACAACGCCACGGCAGCUAGUUGUCACAAUGAGUUGGAAUGCUUAAUUUGCUCCUUUGCCGAAGGUUGCAAUCGUCGCGUUUUCCCCAUAAGUCGCUCGCAGUGUCUACAAUGCUCGGGUAAUUCGACUAGUGAUUGUGCCGCUAAUGUCUAUGCCAGACCCACGGUAUGCCCGACUUACAGAUUGGGCGAUAAAUGCUACAUUAGAAAUAAUGGCAAGAACAAGACGAAUUCCUUCGAACGUGGUUGUCUGUCCUCCGCUCAAGCUAGGAAGCUCUGCGUGAAUGAGGCGAACUGUUUCACAUGCGAAGGUGUUGGCUGUAACUUCCUUUCCGCCAAUAGCACCCAAAUCCCGGUUGCUCGCGAUGGCGCCGCAUUCGUUAGUUCUUCGAUUGUUGUACUCGGCGCCGCUUUGGCAAUGUUGCGUUGGGCUUAAUAUCAAAACGAAUGUAGACUAUUAAAUCUACUUAAUUUUCUUUUUAAGUUCAUAUUUUUUAUCAAGUAAAAUUCCAGCGCCUUUUAUUGGCGGAAAUGUUGUAUUUUUAUUUUCCAAUGCAUUUUCUUUUUGAAAUACUAAAAUUAUGAAAUGUAAUAAAUGCCGAACAACAAAAGAAAA